AUGAGGCCUGGCUCAAACUAUUUACCUGUAGAAUUAGUGCAGUUGAUUCUAGGCCACUAUAUGCGCAAUAUGCCAUUCCAUCCUUCCAGUGAUUCGAAUACCGUCGAUGUUGCGUAUCUCGACUUCUCGUCUAUUAGGGGUCUACUUAAUUUACGUUUUCUAGGAAGGUCUUGGGCUGUUGCGAUAUUGCCUUUGGCCUAUCGUUCCUUGUGUCUAUUUAAGUCAUCAAGUGCCAGUAGUUUCGUUAUGAUGUGGAAGAAUCCGUUGUCAAUGCCUAGCAUGGUUUAUCUACAACGUCUAUGUUUAGCUCAUGUACAAUUCUUACCUUGUCAUAUGGAAAACGAUUCAAGCCUCAAAAGCCGAUCAUCUUAUCGAAGUCAGGUCAUCUCGAUUAAUACCGGUCUCUCCGAUUACGUCAUUCAAAUGGAUGUUGUGACAGAUCUCGUUGCUUUGUGCAGCUCUACGCUCGUCGAUUUGAAACUCUCUUAUAGGGAAGCUCUUGGCUUUUCAAAACCAUUGAUAGAUGCUAUGAAGGGACUAACGAAACUCAAGGUGUUGAUUCUCGACAGUAGCAGUGUGGCAAGCACUCGUAACAACAGCGAUUCCUUGCGACAGGUCCUCAACUCAUUGCCUUCCUUGGAGUCUCUGUCUAUUGGGUGUGCAUCUUUCGAUGAUCUGACCUUGCAAACUGGUGCUUUGCCGAAUUUACAUCAUUUGUGGGUGGAGUGUAACUCGAAUAAUGUGGAUGCAAUUACAAAUUUCUGUCGUACUGCAGGAAGGAAUGUGAAAUUUUUCGAGUGCCGGACUCAUCGUGACAUGAACAAAUCAAGUGAUAUGAUCUUGGCCUUACGGCCUUCACUCAAAAUUCUGUCUUUGGGAUUUAUUACACAUGUGAUACCUCUUGCUAUAGGGGUUGAAGUCUUCCCUCGACUCCGAGUGAUACGUGCAGUCAAUUGCGACCCGCAGCAUUCGAAUCUCUCUUGGUUAUUAUGGCGUAUGUUUGACAAAAUGGAGUACUUCAUCACAACUUAUCACGAAGGAGGUAGUUAUUGGCGCACAGCUUUAAAACGUCCCAAUGUUCAUUCGCUCCAAAAACCUCGCAAUUUCAAAUACAUUAUUUUCACUUCAUGCCAUGGCUCAGGCCAAAAGGAUCCGGAGUUGGUGGAGCUAUGUGCUCAAUACGGCUUAUUGUGUAUUUUCAGACAUUGA